AUGGGAUCCUACAUGGGUUUUGACAUGGUUCCACGCCUAUCAGAAGGGCUGGUACAUAAACAAAAUUGGCAAAAAUUCUUGAAUGCCAUCAAAGAGCGUUACCAAAACGACGAUCAAGUCGAAGUAAAGCCUAACUACAUUGCAUUCAAGGCCGACCCAGACCUACUGCUUCCAUUUGAAUGUCACAAGUUCCUGCGGUUUGGCGCAAUGAUUCCGAAUGAGGACUCCAGUGGAUUGAGGAACUAUAUCGAUACUGUCAGCCGGGUAGCCGGUGUCAGCUUCGGAUCGAGAGGUUACUGUUGGAAUGAGGGCUCAGGGGUAUUAGGUUUCUAUGCUUGGGAUGACGUGAAACGAUCGAUCAGAUCUUAUGAGCAGUUCGACGAACCGGAAAUGCCAACCACUAUAGCCCAACUCGUGCUCGGUACCGAUCCAAUCAGUGAGCUCGGUCUGCCACUAUACAAAGCACAGCCAGUGCUAGGCAAGGGACAAGGCCUCGUGGCGCGCUUCAACAUCGCAAAAGGCCAAUUGAUUAUUUCCGAGAAGCCAUUCUUCACAACCUCGAAAAUUGCAAGCGCAACCACAAUGGAAAAACAAAUGGCAAUCGAGCUGCGGAAGCUAUCAAAAAACGCCCAACGCCAGUUUCUCUCCCUGCACAACAAUUUCCCUGGAAAGCAACCGUUCAGCGGCAUUGUCCGAACAAACGCUCUACCAUGCGGCUCCGAAUCUCCAAUUGGAGGUGUAUACCCCACCAUCUCGCGGAUCAACCACAGCUGUCUGCCCAACGCACAUAACAGCUGGAACAGCGAAUCAGGAUACGAAAAUAUUCACGCCGUGCGAUUCAUCAGCGCGGGAGAAGAGAUCACCAUCCCCUACGACCACGGGGGGACUUCAGACGAGCGACGUCGUUAUCUGAAAGAUGCAUUCGGCUUCGACUGCGACUGCAGCAUCUGCUCCAGACAACCCACUGAACUGAAACAGAGUGACGAGCGCCGUCGCCAGAUCCAACGCCUCGACGCUGCGAUUGGUGAUGGGCUUCGGGUGAUGUAUAGCCCUAAAGAUUGUCUCAGAGACUGCCGAGUCCUUCUGCAGGUUCUUGAGGAGGAGUAUGAAGGUAGUCAUGGUGCCCAUCUUGCUAGGCUUUACUACGAUGCUUUCCAGGUUAGCAUUGUGCAUGGCGAUCAGGCGCGGGCUGGGGUUUUUGCGGAACGGUCGUAUAGAGCGAGGGCUGCGUGUGAGGGGGAGGAUAACCCGGAAACAAAGAGGAUUCGGAUACUAAUGGAGGACCCGAAAAGACAUGGCAGUUUUGGGUUGUCGAUGAAGUGGAAGAGUUUGAAGGAUCAGGUGCCGAGGGGGUUGAGUGCCUAUGGGUUUGAAGGGUGGUUGUGGACAGGGAAAUAG